CGCAGCUGAGAUUCUAUAUUUAGCCUCACCACAGACACACAAUUGUUAGCGUGAGCUUUUUUCCUCAAAACAUAAAAUUAUAAAAAUUAUAAAAAUUGCUUCAUAUUUUUGGAUUUGUGACUGAACUUUGAAAACAUGAGGGAAUGUAUCAGCGUUCACGUAGGCCAGGCCGGUGUCCAGAUGGGCAAUGCAUGCUGGGAACUGUACUGUUUGGAGCACGGGAUCCAUCCGGAUGGCGUGAUGCCAUCCGACCAGUCGUACAGUGUUUCCGACGACUCGUUCAACACCUUCUUCAGCGAGACUGGAGGCGGCAAGCACGUGCCACGGGCAGUGUUCGUCGACCUCGAGCCAACUGUUGUAGAUGAAGUCCGACAAGGCCAGUAUCGCCAGCUGUUCCACCCGGAACAACUGAUCACCGGUAAGGAAGAUGCCGCCAACAACUACGCUCGCGGCCAUUACACCAUUGGGAAGGAAAUCGUCGACCUCGUUCUAGACAGGAUCCGGAAGCUGUCGGACCAGUGCACGGGUCUUCAAGGAUUCCUCAUCUUCCACAGCUUUGGCGGUGGAACUGGAUCCGGAUUCACCUCCCUGCUCAUGGAGCGACUGUCUGUCGACUAUGGGAAGAAAUCGAAGCUUGAAUUCGCCAUCUAUCCUGCUCCACAGGUGUCCACGGCGGUGGUUGAACCAUACAACUCCAUCCUCACCACUCACACGACCCUAGAGCACUCGGAUUGUGCCUUUAUGGUGGACAACGAAGCCAUCUACGAUAUUUGCCGGAGAAAUCUCGACAUAGAGAGGCCUACCUACACAAAUCUGAACCGACUGAUUGGGCAGGUGGUCAGCUCCAUCACGGCGUCUCUGCGAUUUGACGGCGCCCUGAAUGUAGACCUCACCGAAUUCCAAACUAACCUGGUGCCCUAUCCGAGAAUUCACUUCCCAUUGGUAACGUAUGCACCUGUGGUGUCGGCCGAAAAGGCGUACCACGAACAGCUGUCUGUAGCUGAAAUCACCAACGCCUGCUUCGAGCCGGCCAACCAGAUGGUGAAGUGCGACCCUCGCCAUGGUAAGUUUAUGGCCUGCUGCCUUCUGUACAGGGGAGAUGUCGUGCCAAAAGACGUCAACGCCGCGAUCGCUACCAUCAAGACCAAGAGGACCAUCCAGUUCGUCGACUGGUGUCCCACUGGGUUUAAAGUUGGCAUCAACUACCAGCCGCCAACUGCAGUCCCCGGAGGUGACUUGGCUAAGGUCCAACGAGCUGUUUGUAUGCUGAGCAACACGACUGCAAUUGCUGAAGCCUGGGCUCGCCUUGAUCACAAGUUUGACCUGAUGUACGCCAAGCGCGCCUUUGUUCACUGGUACGUUGGCGAGGGUAUGGAGGAGGGGGAGUUUUCCGAGGCUCGAGAGGAUCUGGCUGCCCUGGAGAAGGAUUACGAAGAGGUUGGAGUCGAUUCUGUUGAAGUUGGAGAUGAUGAUGCUGAAGAUGAAUACUAGACAGUAAUUUCUUUUUACACUAUAACAGAAAAUAAAACUCAUCUUUGUUUAAAGUGUAGUAUCAAAAAUACAAUAUCUAUGUUUAAAAACAAACUGAAUUUGAUCUCAUUUCAACGUAUAGGCUUUAAAGGAAUAUUCCAUGGCUGAAGUAUGCCACAACGUGCGAUUAUCCAGUAACAGAUUUCUAAAUAAACAAUCUUUUAAUUUUA